GUUUUUUGUUUAUAUAUAAAAUCCAGGUGAUUGACAUUAUUUUACAAUAUUAUUUUUUCUGACAAAACAAUUUCAAAAUGGUAAAGAAAUCCUCAGAAAAACGUAUUUCUAAUGGCAAAGAAAAUCGUGAAAAAGAAGUAAAUGAAAAUGAAAAUUUUGAACCCCUGAAAUUAGAAAUAACACAACCGGACACAGCGAUUUUACUUUUAAAAUGUAAAGAAAAAUCAAUUCUUGCAGCUGCCGUUUCAGCUUUAUCGACUUUUGCCGAAAAAUCCCCAGGAAAUCGUGAUGUUCUUUUUAAUCUUGAAAUUAUUGAAGAAAUUAUUCCUUUACUAAAUCAUGAAGAUAUUUUUUCUCAAAGAUUUGCUGCAAAACUUCUGUCACAAAUGGCAACGAUUUCUUGUGUGAGAAAUUAUCUCCUGAAGGACGAUAUCAAUUUACAGUUUAUAAAAGUGCAGUCAAUAAUUUUUUCUGAUGGAUUUUCUUUGCAACCAAUUUACAAAUUAUUGCAAAUACCAGAUUUAAUUGUCAAAAAAUCAGUUUGUAACUUAAUUGAAAAUUUAGUUACAAAAUGUAAAGAUGAAAAAGUUCAAGAAAUAUUUAGAAAAUCCGGAGGUUUGCAAGAAGUAUUAAAUAUUCUGAAUUCGGAAUCAAAUCUUCAAUCUGAUGUUUUGAGAAUUUUAUCAUAUGCUUGUAAUAAUUUGAAAACUAUCGAUUUGCUGAUUAGUGAAGGAGAAAUGCAAAAAUUGUUUAUACAUUUGGAACAAUCAAAUAAAAAAGUUCCCGUCGAUAUAUUGAGAGUUAUUGUAAAACUUGCAGAUACAAUUUCUGGGAAAAAGGCGUUAUUCUCUCACGAUUUUGUUAAUUAUUUAUUACAAAUUUUACGAGACACUAUACAUCCUGAUAUUUGUGGUUUAAUUUGCUUUGGAAUUGCAAAAAUGGCACAAUAUGGACCGGCUGCUGUAGUAUUAACACAAGAGAAUCCAAUUAACAAUUUAUUGAAUUUUCUAAAAAAUGAGAAUUUAGAUUGGUUAACAAGACAAUCGGCUGCAUUUGCAUUGAAGGAAUUAAUGCAAUGUGAUUUUGAAAAUUGUCAACAUUUUUUAGAUGUUCAUGGACCGACCCAUCUUUAUUGGCUGAUUAAACAAACGGAAAAAAUGGUUCAGGAAACGCAAAUUACAGUGAUUCAAAUUUUAAAAUCAAUUGCAAAAUAUCAAAAAUUCAGAGAAACUUUAAUCAGUAUUGAACUUAUGGAAGCUCUAUGUACACCGUUUAAUUCGAAAAUUGAAAAUGAUUUAGUAAAAAUUGCAAGCUGUGAUACUUUGUCAAUAUUUUGUAUAGAAGAAAUUGGAAGAAGAAUUUUUUCCAAUGUCAAUGGAAUUAUGAAUCUCUAUCCUUUAAUUUUAGAGACACAGUCAAUACCAGUGAGAGAUUCUGCAGUAAAAUUUGUCCAACAAUUGAGUUCUGAUUCAAUUCUUGUUGAAUUAUUUAUUAAGGCGGAAUAUUUGUUAUAUAUGCUGCAACAUCGAACUGCUGCAAAAAUAAUUCCCACUUGGGAGAGUUGUAUAGAAUCUUUGAUGAACGGACAUUUACCAAUUAAAUUUGCUUACACCGGAAGACUGUCUAUGCAUGAUAUUACUCAAGAUGGAUUUUACGUUCUUCGUCGCAAUACUUGUCCAUUUCCUAUUUUGGAAGAUUUCUUCAGUUUGAAAGCAUGUCCCUUAGAAUCGAUUUAUGUAAUAAAUUUUAGUCAGCCAAUACAAAUAGAAUCUGAAUCUUACGAAAAAAAUGCAGUUAAAGGUAAAUCAACAAAAGAGGCAAAAGAAAAAUCAACAAAUUUUAACAGUCCUGAAACGUCUCGCUCAUCAGUAGGAACAUUAAUUCCAUUAGAUGACCUUAAAUCUGAAGCCUCAGAGCAAUUAAAACGAGAAAGCACUUGCAGAGGGAUUAAAUUAUCCACUGUAACAUUAAAUGCCUGGCUCGAAUUGAAAUUUGGUAAAUUACAAACGGAUCCUUUUCUUUAUGAAUACUUAGAACUAUUUAAAUGUAAACUUCAAGCUGUUGAAUCUUGCAAAAGCGUUAAUCAGGUCGAUCUCGUGGACAUUAGUUUAAUAGCAUCGAGAGCAAAAUUACUCGCAGAAUUUGUGGAUCGACAAAUGUCAGGUCCUGCACCGAUAAAAAAUGGAUGUAUCGAUCAUCAAUUGGAUUUGCAUUUGUGUGAAAUUAAAUGCGACAUAAAAACAAGUGUAAUUCCCUUAGGUCAACUUCGACUAGGAUCAUAUUUAGAGAGAUCUUUACUUUUUAAAGUUUUGUCAGAUAGAAUUGGUUUACCGGUGGCUCUUAUUCGCGGAGAAUAUGGAAAAACUUGGAUUCCAAGUGAAGCGAAAAAAGAAGAAGAAACAUCGACUACAAAAUACGAAAUAGAAAAAAGUUCUAAAAUAUCAAAGAUGUUAAGUCAUUCACAUUUAUUGAUGAAGAAAACUUCAUUUUCAAGAUUCAAUCAAAGAAAUACUAUUUUUCCUACUAAACUUCUUCGGACAAAUUAUAUUGUCGAUUUAAUGAACGUCCCUGGUGAUCUCAUUCCAAUUUUUAGCAAAAGAGCAAUGGAAUAUUGUGAGAAACAAUGGAAAGUCACUGCAUCAUGUUGCAAAUAG